AUGUCUUACGCUCGUAUUGCGCUCGCUGGUGCCACCGGCAACCUUGGCGGCCCCAUUCUCAAAGUCCAUCUUGACGCUGGUUUCCGCGUCACGGCCCUCACUCGAAAAGGAGGAAACUUGUCAAGACUGCCUAUCCACUCAGGCCUUGAUAUCAUGGAAGUCGACAUCAACUCUGCCGAAUCCCUUUUACCUGCCUUAGCCGGUAUCGACGUCGUCAUAUCGUGCUUGGCCACGCUUGUCAUCGGGGGUCAGAAACCACUCAUCGAUGCCGCCGUCUCUGCCGGCGUCAAGGUCUUCAUUCCGGCCGAGUUCGGUAUGGAUUCCACCAACUCUCUCUGCGCGCAGUUGCCCGUCUGUGCUCCAAAGGUUGCCGUCCAGGACUACCUCCUGAAGAUGUCACGGGAAAACCCAGCGUUCACUUUCACGGCCGUUGCGAAUGGACUUUUCCUCGAUUGGGGUCUCCAGAACGGCCUCAUCGUUGAUCUUAAAGAUCAUAAAGCGAUACUGUACAACGGCGGCGACGUGCCUUUCAGCGCGACGACGCUCGCCGAUGUCGCGGUGGCCGUACUCGGGGUUAUUCGGAACCGGUCUCAGACUGCGAACCGCGUUGUGUUUAUUCAUUCUGCUUUGGUUACCUAA